AGCAAAUAUGAUCUGAAGUUAAUAUCCUGAUUCCUGAGAGCUGAUUUGACAUGACUGGUGGUGAAAACGUUGAUCCGGAUAUUCCACUUAAUCGAGCAAGUUCUGAAUACAGAGCUGCUCUUGAAAUUGAACUCUGGAAAGAUAUCACUCAACAAGAAUUCUUUGCAAAUCUAUCUAGGAAAGAAGAGAGGAUUUUUUCUGAAUUGAGUGGCGUCUUUAAAGAAGAACAAGUUCGUAUUGAAUCAGAAGUCAGAACUUGUAAACGAUCUUAUGAUGACUUACUAAAGCAGUACAAGAAUAAGCUAUCGUCUCUAGAAAAAAGGGAGACAAAAUACACUAACAACGAAGCUUCUUUUGAGCGAACACAUAGUUUAUUUUCUAAAGAAAGAACAGCCAAGUUGGAUGAUAUCAAGCAAAAAUCCAAUUACAAAAGUGAUUUUCUAAGUAUUGAGUUAGAGACUGUGAACAGUAAAAUUAGAACUGCUGAGCAUCUCAAUUCAAGGCAUGCUCACAGGAUAGAAGAAACUGAAAAGACAGCGAGUUUGAAAGAAAUGGAAUUAUCCGCUACGUGUCAACCGGAUCAUUACCAAAUACCUGUUAAUCUACAGGAGGAACUAUUCACUGCUAAAACCGAAUUAGCCAACUCAAAGGAUAAAUUGUCUAAGACCACCAUUGCCAAAGAAAGGUACAAAAUGAAGCUUAAGUCUGUACUUGAAGAGCUGUCCAAAUGCAAACAGGCUACAAAUCAGCAACAGUUUCAGAUUAAUUCACUGCCCCCUCUUACAGUCCAACCAAAAUAUACGAAAAAUGCUGACCUAGUAAAGACCAAACAUGGGAAUUCAGACCUUGAUGGUAUUAAAUCAGAACUAGAAAACAUUAUAACAAGUAUGUCUAGCAGUACUCAAAAAACUUUAUCUAUUCCAUCAAGCCAAGUCGAGAGUGAAAUUGCAAAGCUGAUUAGUGAAAGGAACACUCUCCUUAAUACGGGAGUCUAUAUGUCAAAUGACUUUAUUAUACAGCAACUUGAUAAACAGAUCAAGUCAUUGCUACCUCUGAAAGAAAAAUCAGUAUAUUGACAGCAUCGAGAGAUACUAUGUUGCAAAUCAUUUUACAGAUCCUAUUUCGUUUCCGAAUUUCAAUUUACACAAAAUUCAUGUAAUAUUCGAAAUUAAAGUUUAUCGUGAGUUUCUAAAUUUCUGUUAUUUAUUUGUAUAUAUAGUCCUUGAUGUUCAGGAUGGCCGAUGGUACACAACUCCUUAAAACUUCGAUUCAUGUUCUUAAUACUACAUUGUGAUGGUAACUGAAUAUAUUUCCUUAAAAUGAUAAUAAAAGUGUUGACAGCAAUCGUGUUGCUUUGAUUGAAAUAUUGAAUUGAGCUAUAUUACAUAUUAUCGUCGUGGUUUUUUCUAAAGGGCGAAUCUAAUAGAGGUCUAUAACAUCCCAAACAGUUUGAAGCUCUAUCGUGCUUAGUUUAGAUUUUCAAAUAAUAAUAAGGGCGAAUGUUAUUUUCGAGAUUUCAAUAAACGCCCAAUGUUAUACAUAAUUAUAAUGUUUAAUAAAUUAAACUGAAAUCGUUUGUGUUAAUAAAUUGACACUAGUAAUACUAACUUCUCUCAACUAACCUCUCUCACUAACCUCCCUAGACGAGAACUUAAAGGCCGCAAGUUUGGCAAAUUUUUCAGCUUAAUUGCAGUGUUUUUGUCCCCAAAUUUUGUCUCCAAAUCGCACUAUUUACAAAAUAUUACCGCACUUAUAUAUUGCCCUCUGUCGCCUCUGCUCGCUUUAUGUACAGUAAGAUAGUGUAAAUAUUUUGAACUAAAAACGUACAUUAC